AUGAAUUUAGCAGAGAACGCCGAGAAGCUCGCACUCGGCCAACACGACGGCUGGGAGCCGACGGCGUGGGAUGGACUCGAGCAAACGCUAGAAGUUAUCAAGGCGCGCAACAUCAAGAUCAUCAUUAACGGCGGUGCGCUGAACCCAAAAGGCCUGGCGCAGAAAGCACAGAAACUCUCCAAGGUGAAACGGCUAGGGUUGAAGAUUGCUUACGUGUUCGGAGACGACUUGCUGCAGGAGGUAAAGACCGAAUUGGCGGAGACGGGCAAACUGCCUUCACAUCUCGACAGUGAAAAUGACAAAGUUUCGCUGGCUGAGAAUGCGACUGCGUUGCUCGACACUAAAGGGAAGCCGCUCGUCAGUGCCAACGCUUACCUGGGAGCGAGGGCUAUUGUGAAAGGUCUGGAACUCGGGGCAGAUGUCAUUAUUUGUGGACGAGUCGCGGAUGCAAGUCCUGUCAUUGGCGCUGCGUGGUACUGGCACCAGUGGUCCGACACCGACUUCGAUAGACUGGCGGGUACUCUGGUUGCAGGACACUUGAUCGAGUGUUCGGCAUAUGCGACCGGGUCCAAUUUCUCCGGCUUUGACGAAUACCCUCUGGAGACCUUCGUGGACCUCUCCUACGGGAUUGCCGAGGUGUUUGACGAUGGGACUUCUGUCAUCACCAAGCAUGAGAACACCAAGGGGCUGGUCAACGAGGACAAUAUCAAGUGCCAAUUCCUGUAUGAGCUUCAAGGGGGUAUGUACCUCAAUUCUGAUGUCGCGGCCGAUACCACGAAUAUCAAGAUCGAGCAGGUAGGUAAGAAUCGAGUGAGGCUGUCCAAUAUCAAGGGGUUCGCUCCACCACCAACAACGAAACUCGCAAUAUUUUACCAUGGAGGAUAUGAAGCCCAACUCUUGACAAAUGCAACAGGUUAUGCAACGGCGGAGAAGUGGAAGCUAUUCGAAGCACAGAUGCAUCACGCCCUCGAGCAAAAGGGACUCAAGGAUCAAUUCCAGCUUCUUGACUUUCAGAUCCUGGGGACACCAGCAGCGAACCCACGAUCACAAUUUGCAAGCACCACUUACUGCCGUACUUUCGUGCAAGCCGAUACUCAGUUAGCGAUAUAUGGGCUACUGAAAGCGUGGAGUGAGAUUGCGAUGCAUCAUUUCUCGGGAUUUCACCUUUCAUUGGACACGCGAACUGCAUUACCUCGAUCCUACCUUGCAUACUACCCUGCCUUGUACCCUCAGGAUAAACUCAAGGAGGGAGUGGUUCUCCUGGACGAAGACGGCGGAGAAGCGGAGACUGUAGACGCCGGGCAUCCGCCGAGGUAUCAAAGCCUGGGAAAGCGAGAGAAUUAUGAGACAGCAACCCACGUCGAUCUCUCCUCGUUCGGCCCAACUCGAAAGGCCCGACUGGGAGACAUCUGCCUCGCUCGGUCGGGUGACAAAGGCGCAAACAUCAAUUUUGGCCUGUUUGUGCGGCACGCUCACCAGUAUGCCUGGCUUCAGACCUUCAUGACGAGGGAUAAGAUGAAGGAGCUCAUGGGUGACGACUGGCGGGAUGAUUUCUUCAUUGAACGUAUGGAGUUCCCCAAUAUAUGGGCGGUUCAUUUUGUGAUUUACGGACCACUUGGUCGUGGGGUCAGCAGUUGUCGUCUGCUCGAUGCUUUGGGUAAAGGCUUCGCGGAUUAUAUCCGCGACAGACUUGUAGAAGUCCCGGAACAGUUUCUGGAAGAAGUGCAGGAGGUCAAAAGAGCGCGGCGUGCGAUGUUAUGA